AUGAUCACCAGGUGUCGCCUCACAGGGCGACAACUCCUUGAGCGAUCCAUAGCGCACAAAUCCCGAGCACCUGCCUCUUCCUUCUCGAGACGACGGAUAUGGUCGCCCUCUUGCUACGGUCGACCUGUGUGCCCGUCAGACUUGCCGAGCGUUCGACAUGGAUUGGUGUGCGCGGGCUUUUCCACAAGUGCAAAGCUAGGAAAGAAAGAUGACAAGAGCAAAAAGGACCAUUUCUUUGAUUCCUCGUCAGAGACUUUGACUGAGCCUCUGUCAGAAGAGGAGACGAAGGCCAAUUCGGAAAACAAGAGACCCGAAGCGCACCAAGCCGCAGCCGGUGAAGGCAAGCCCGAGGCUUCAUCAGCCAAAAGCGACACAGGCAAUAAGUCGCCGGAUGGGAAAAGUAGCGGUGCCGCUGGAAGCUCAGCCGCAGGAGGGGGUGCUGACAGCAGCUCCGGCAGCGACGGUGGCAGGCGGGGGAGGAAAUCAGCCGAGAAGGCUUUACAAAAACCCGUCAUUCCGGAAGUCUACCCCCAGGUUCUGGCCAUCCCCAUAGCCAAACGACCUCUGUUUCCCGGCUUCUACAAAGCCAUCACCAUCAAGGACCCUAACGUAGCCACAGCCAUUACAGAAUCCAUCAAGCGAGGGCAGCCAUACGUUGGUGCCUUUUUGUUCAAGAACGAAAACGAGGACGAAGAUAUUAUCCGUAACGUCGAAGAUGUUCAUGAUAUUGGCGUUUUUGCGCAAAUCACCAGUGCAUUCCCCAUCCACGGACAGGAAGGUGCUUUGACGGCAAUCCUCUAUCCUCACCGUCGGAUCAAGCUCUCCAGUUUGGUACCCCCACGCACUGCCCAGAAAUCAGACGACAAGCAAGAAAUUGACUCGCCAGAAGUCAUACCACAACAACAACAUGCUCAGCCAGAGGGAGAGCCGCAAGAGAAAAAGGGCGACGUUGUGGCCAGUUUCGAAGAAGGUGUCGUGGAGAAGAAAUCUGACCAAGUUGCCGAAAAGUACGAGCCAACCUCAUGGCUCAAACGGUGGCCUGUCAGUCUCGUCAACGUCGAUAACCUUGUGGACGAGCCCUACGAUCCCAAGAGCCCCGUCAUCCGAGCCGUCACGAAUGAAAUUGUAAACGUCUUCAAGGAGGUGGCUACCAUGAACAACUUGUUCCGCGAUCAGAUUUCGACAUUCUCCAUGAGUCAGUCCACUGGAAACGUCACAUCGGAGCCCGGCAAGUUGGCAGAUUUCGCCGCCGCCGUAUCAUCAGGAGAGCAGAACGAGCUGCAGGAAGUCCUCUCCUGCAUGAAUGUCGAAGAGAGAAUGCAAAAGGCGCUCAUUGUUUUGAAGAAGGAGCUCAUGAAUGCCCAGCUGCAGUCCAAGAUCACCAAGGAUGUGGAAAGCAAAAUCAGCAAGCGCCAGCGAGAGUACUGGCUCAUGGAGCAGAUGAAGGGCAUUCGUCGGGAACUUGGGUUGGAAUCCGACGGCAAGGAUAAGUUGGUCGAAAAGUUCAAGGAGAAGGCUUCCAAGUUAGCCAUGCCGGAACCGGUUCGGAAGGUCUUUGAUGAGGAGGUUAACAAACUCGCCCACCUGGAAACCGCGGCAUCGGAGUUUAAUGUCACCAGGAACUAUCUGGACUGGCUCACCCAGAUCCCGUGGGGACGCAGAAGUGCAGAGAACUUUGGCAUUCCCAACGCCAUGAAGGUUCUGGAUGAAGAUCACUACGGCCUGAAGGAUGUCAAGGACCGCAUUCUCGAGUUCAUUGCUGUUGGCAAGCUCCGAGGCACCGUCGAAGGCAAGAUACUGUGCUUUGUUGGCCCACCCGGUGUCGGAAAAACCAGCAUCGGAAAGUCGAUUGCCAGAGCCCUCAACCGAGAAUAUUAUCGGUUCAGUGUGGGUGGCUUGACGGAUGUGGCUGAAAUCAAGGGCCACCGACGGACAUAUGUUGGAGCAUUGCCGGGCCGCAUCAUCCAGGCUCUCAAGAAAUGCCAGACGGAGAACCCCCUCAUUCUAAUCGACGAGAUCGACAAGAUUGGGCGAGGAUACCAAGGCGAUCCCUCGUCAGCACUUCUAGAGCUGCUCGACCCGGAGCAGAACAGCUCUUUCCUGGACCACUACAUGGACGUGCCGGUUGAUCUGUCCAAGGUUCUUUUUGUUUGCACGGCCAACAUGACAGACACGAUACCUCGACCCCUUCUCGAUCGUAUGGAACUGAUUACGUUGUCGGGCUACGUUGCCGACGAGAAGAAGGCGAUUGCGAACCGCUACCUGGCCCCGGCCGCCAAAGAUGCCGCGGGGUUGAAAAACGCCGACGUCAAUCUCAACGACGAAGCGAUUGAGGAGCUUAUCAAGUCCUACUGCCGCGAGUCUGGCGUUCGAAAUUUGAAGAAGCAAAUAGAAAAGGUUUACAGAAAAUCAGCGUUGAAGAUUGUGCAGGAGCUGGGGGACAAGGCCUCACCUGCCGAGGAGGAGGCUCCCACCGACGAGGGCAAAGCAGGGCUGGAGGCGGAAGAAGAGGCGGCUGCCGCCGGCCAGAAUGGCGGGUCUGACGGAGCAGCAGCCGCUACCCAGGCCGCCGAAGCGGAAACGGGAGAAAAGCCUAGGGAGGCGCUGAGAGUUCCCGACUCCGUCCACGUUGAAAUCGGCAAAGACAACCUGGUGGAUUACAUUGGACCCCCGGUCUUCACCUCGGAUCGCUUGUACGAUGUCAGCCCGCCCGGUGUUUCCAUGGGCUUGGCAUGGACCCAGAUGGGCGGCGCUGCCAUGUAUAUCGAAUCAAUCCUGCAGUCGCCUCUACGACCGAGCUCACGACCAGGGCUGGAAAUCACGGGCAACUUGAAGAAUGUCAUGAAGGAGUCGACGACUAUUGCUUACUCUUUCGCAAAGGCGUUUAUGGUGAAGGAAUUUCCCGAGAACAGCUUUUUCGACAAGGCCAAGAUGCACUUGCAUGUUCCUGAUGGCGCCGUGUCUAAAGAUGGACCCUCAGCCGGCAUCACGAUGGCGACGUCGCUUCUCUCGUUGGCUCUGGAUGCCCCCGUCAACCCAACCGUUGCCAUGACGGGCGAAAUCACAUUGACGGGCAAGGUAUUGCGCAUCGGUGGAUUGCGCGAAAAAACUGUCGCAGCUCGAAGAGCCGGCUGCAAAACAGUCAUUUUCCCCAAGGACAACAUGUCGGACUGGCUCGAGCUACCAGAAAACAUCAAAGAAGGUAUUGAAGGCCACCCGGUCAGCUGGUACGACGAAGUUUUCGGGCUCGUCUUCAAGGACCUCGACCGCGAGCAAGCCAACAGGAGCAAAGUCGUCGACAAGAAGAGAGUCGCUUUGGAGAAGGAGGAGCAUGACGAAGACGAAGAUUAG